GUGAGUUGCAGGGGAUAUUUUGUCGUUUUUUUAAAAAAAUUUUACUAGAGUGUGCUUUCGAGCUUCAUCGCAGGCUCGUUCGAGUCACUAAGUGUUGAAUCCCUGUUUUGAUCCCCAAUCUCUCGCUCGUGUCUUUCCCAUUUGGUUCAAAUCGUGCGCUUUUUCUUACCUGGUUAGAGUCUUCUCGGAACCCAUUUCUGGAUUAUGGAGGCUGCGCGGGGAGAUGGAGGAGCCUUCGAUCAUACUUCGGAUGGGGAUGUGAACGUCCCGUCCGGAAUUUUUUUCAAGGGUUCCACUUCGGAGGCGAUUGCUCGGGCUCAGCAGGAUGAUUUGGUUCUUAUUGUCUUCGUAGCAGGUGAUGAUGAGGAGUCGGUUUCCAUGGAGUUGACGACAUUUCACGAUUCAGCGGUGUUGGAUGAGGUGAAGCAGCACAGUCUGAUCCUUCGAUUACAGGAAGGAACCAUUGAUGCUGCUUAUUUUCAAGCUAUUUUCCCCCUAAGUCGUGUUCCAACAAUUACAUUCCUCGGAUAUAAAGGCUCGCUACUGUGUCAGUUGGAGGGCUACCAAGGAACAGAGGAACUCUUGACAGCUCUGCGGCAGGCCGUGGCCACUGCAAAAACUCAGCUGCAGCAAGCGCGUGCAGCAAGCGCCAUGGUUGCCCUUCUUUCUUCAGCAAACAUGACAGCGAGUGGCACCGCUUCUUCAGCUCCUGAGUCUCAAUCUGCAGGCAACUGCACAGACGAAGGUACUCCAGUACAAUCAAACUCCAGCACAGUGGCGAAUUCCGUUGCUCCCGAGCGAGAAGUAAUGCCUACUGGUCAAAACGAGGGGUCAUCAAUGGGGGUGGAUGUUGCAAGUCGCAAAGAACGAACCGUUGUCACUAGUAGUCCUGUCAAUCCUGUGGCGCACCCAAUUCAAGAGGCUGGUCCCUCGAGGGUCGAAUCUCGUGAUGAACGGGGUUCUGGUGGUAGUACCUCUACGGAAACCAACACAUUAGCCUCAAAAUCUAGUGCCGCUAAAAAUGAUUCGCAAGUUUUAAAGGCUGCCGAGGCUAGAACAGUUGUUAAGCAGGGGAGCGGGAACGGAAAUGGGAAAAAUACCAGCAUGCGUCGGGAACAAUCAGUGGAAAAGCUGGUCUCAGUGCCGCGCGUCAGGACUGGUCCGUUUCCUCUACAGGUUAAACUCACAAAUGGUGAGACAAUACAAGGGACGUUCGAGUCUUACCAGCUGUUGAGGGAUGUAAAAAAUUUCAUUGACCUUCAGCGAACUGACGGUAAUAUGGAUUAUCGGUUGGCUGUUCCAUUCCCUCGAAAAAUAUUUACUGAGGAAGACAUGGAUAAGGCAUUAUCUAAAUUGGAUAUUGGUCCACGGUCAGCAUUAUUACUUGUAGGCAAUGGCACUCCAUCGGAUAACUCAUAUCAUUCUAGGACUUUGCAAAAUAACGAUUCCCAUAGCUCUGCUCAAAGUGAAGCAAAUGAAGGUGGCGGAUCUUAUGUUGGAAGGUUUUUAUCUUUUCUGAGUCCAUAUGUAUAUGGUAGGUCUAAUUCACCCCAAGAUCACAAGAGCUCCUCAUCUGCACCUCCUAGCGAAUCGAAUCCAGGUACGACCAGAGCUCUACGGGAGAGCUCUCAUCCUACAAUUGUAAACUCAAGUCGACCAGAACCACCAGUUCAGGAGAAUUCUGCGCAAGCUGGAAGGUUGAGUCAAAGAAGAGGGGGUAGUUCAAAUGUUCAUACUCUUAGGGGAAAUGACGAGGAUCCUUCGCAGGGUAAAAACACGUAUUGGAAUGGAAACUCCACACAGUUUGGUGGAAACGAUGAGGCAAAAGAAGACUGAGACUACUUAUUUGAGAUAAAGGCCGUUUGAAUUUGGUUUCAUGCCAACUGCUGUGUCUCUUACCGAUCGUAGUUUAACUCUUCUAUAAUGGAGCGGAAGCUAAGGAGCUGGAUCCUUACAUUGUUUGUAACAAUGAACUUUCAUACGGCGGUAGAGUAGAGUGAAGAUCUAGUUUUUAGAAAUAGCCCUGUUGCACCUGUAAUCUAUUUACAUGUCCUCUCCCCUAUUUCAUAUGCACAUCUCAUGGAAUUUUUCAAUUCAAAGAUAAAAGUGAGCCAGCAGGUAUGUAUGAUUUCA